CUUAUUCAGCGGCACAAGCAAGCAAUUAGCCAUGGCGGAGUUUGCGCUUGGGCUGACCAAGACGGCAGUGGAGGGGACGCUGAGCCGGGUGAAGUCGGCCAUUGAGGAGGAGACAACGCUAAUGGUGCGGGUGCAGGAUGACCUGGUGUUCAUCACCGGGGAGUUUCAAAUGAUGCAAUCUUUCCUCAAAGUCGCCAAUGUUGAGCGCGUCAAGAAUGAAGUGGUGCGGACAUGGGUGAGGCAGCUCCGCGACCUAGCCUUCGACAUCGAGGACUGUGUAGAGUUUGUCGUCCACCUCGACAAGGCCUCACACUGGGACUGGUUGCGGCGCUUGACCUCAUCCCUCAUGUGCAUGUCAAGGCCACCGCUCCCCCUGGACAAGGCGGUUGCAGACAUAAAGCGGCUCAAGACCAGGGUGGAGGUCAUAAGCCAGAGGAACACCCGCUACAACCUCAUUAGUGACUCUGGCUCCGGCUCUGGCUCUGGCUCUGAUUCCAAGACUACUAUUUUCUCUCUAGCAGUAGUGGCACCUGGCAACCCCGCCAGUGCAAGCGCAACAUCAGCAUUCAACAUCCUAAGCAAGGUGUGGGAUGAUCUAGGGAAGAAGCGACAUGGCAUGAGCGACCUCAAAAGGUUGAUCCAAUGUGAAGGGAAUGACCUUCAAGUGAUUUCAUUGUUGAGAAGAGGAGGAGGAGCUGCUACUGCUGCUCCUCAUAUUAUCAGGGAGGCAUACAAUGACCUAGAGAUCCGCCAAGAAUUCAGCAUCCGGGCUUGGGUAAAGUUGAUACGUCCUUUUAACCCUGACGAGUUCCUCAAGAGCUUGAUCACUCAGUUCUACGCCGCCUCCUCUCACCAAUUUCGGGCAGUGGAAGACCACCGUCUCAUCAAGACUGAUGAGGUCAUGCAGCAGGUGAGAGAGCAUAGGUAUCUUGUCAUCUUGGAAAAUGUAUCCACACCGGCGGAGUGGGACGUCAUCCGAGUGUAUCUUCCGGGCACGAGCAAUGGUAGUCGGAUCAUCGUGUUGACAGAACACUUGGGGCUUGCAAUUUCCUGCACCGGGAAGCCAUACCAAGUAUCAGAGCUUAGACGGUUCUCUCAAGACCAACCACUUUGUGCUUUUUUCAGCAAGGUACGGGGCGGAGGAAGGGACGCCGCCGGUGGAGAGGGCGAGGCCGAGGACGGCGUGGGGCUUGAGGGCCUGCGGCCUGGUGAGGCCGACGAGGUGGUCGUCCCCGACGCCGGCGGAGCUAGGGUUCGGGGAGACGGCGGGCGGCGCUGA